UUGGACGUUCUUGGCGUUAAUCGAGCGCAGGAGACGUGAGUGAGACGUAGUCGUGUUCAUGCUGCCCGUGUCUGCCUUUUGUGCAGCCUACAUUAGGUCGAACCAGAUCAUGGGCUGGGGUGAAAAGGCCAUCGAGAUCCGCUCAGUGGAAACCGGCCACCUGGAUGGCGUCUUUAUGCACAAGCGAGCCCAGAGACUCAAGUUCCUCUGUGAGAGGAAUGACAAGGUCUUCUUUGCUUCCGUGCGGGCUGGAGGUGCCAGCCAGGUGUACUUCAUGACCUUGGGACGCACUUCCCUCAUGAGCUGGUAGUCGACAUGCCAGGACAGCGACGCGGCGACCAACAAAUGACUACUGUGACGAUGAAGAUGCUUGUGCUCUCAUACACGUCUUGUCGUCAUGAAUAGCCAGCGGUGAGCGGGGUGUUACGUUUUUUUUUUUUUUUGGGCCAAGUGUGGGUGGCGGUGUGUGUGCGUGCUAGUUAAACGAUAUUCCGACCGAAUUUCCCUUGAGUCUCCUACCCUCAACUUUAAUGGAAUCCAUCUUUCUGUACCUUGCAUCCUGUGUGUGUGCGCAAGGUCAGUGCAGGACAACACUGAGCAUGUCCACGACUGGGGAGCAACCGUACGCACACACGCGCACACACGCCACUGGUUUGUUGCCGAUUUAGUUCAUGUGACACAAGCUCCUCCUCCCUCCUCCUUCUCCUCCUCCCACUCAGUGGCUCACCAAACACUCGUAUGCCUUCUUGAAUAUACUUUGAAGGACCUUGGUGAUAGUGACAGGGUACAGGAUUAUCAGCUCCGAGAGUUUCCAAGCAUGCCCCCAAGCAAAUUGCAUUGGUCCAAAGUUGCUCAGUCAGCCCAAUAGUUCAGUCUUCUCACACACUCACACACUGUCUAGUUUUAUUUGAUUGCCGCACGUGAAUAGAGGGAGAUAAGAUCCAUCAUCAUCGCAAGGAAGGAGACCCACGUUUCUAUGAACCAAUACGUGGGUUGUUCGGGACGAGGCGUAAACUGUGAAUUCGAUUGACAGAGUCAGCCGUUGAUUUACAAAUGACCGCAAUAGAACAAAGCUUGUGUGCGUGAGAUCUGACAGGAUGUGAGUGCCACUGUAGCUCAUAUGAUUUCCGGUUGCCUUAAGUAACGUCUCUACUCAAAAACAACUGCUGAAAAUCCUUUGCCGGUUCUAUGAAGCAAAACAAAACAAAAGUUGAAGGAAGGCUUUAGUCAGAACCAGUGACCGGAGACAUCAUGGACCUUGUUUGAAUAUUUUUGAGCGUAGUCUUUUUUCUUUAUUUCCCCACUCCCAUGUUAUAAAAUAUGACACCGCUGCUGUCAUUUAUCACUUCACGUCACAUUUUGCAGCUGUUGAUGUACAAAAAAGAUCAACAUCCAGUUCCAUCUCGCCCACCUAAACUUCAGCCCAUCUGUGAAAAUAGGAGGCCAGAAUUGCAGCAGUGUCGCAAAGAAAUGUUACAAAGAUGGCAC